AUGUCGACCAACGGCGCGGGGCAGCACGAUGCGGAAUGGAAGCCUAGGGAUAUGGAGGGCGAGAUGCGCACGCUUUGUACGGCGCUCAAGUACAAGGUCGACAAGCUCCUGGAGACAGAGACAAGCGACAAAGUUCUCCUCGAUGUGCAGAAACAGGUCCGGGUGGCCAAGGGAGUCAUUGAUGAUGCGCUCAAGCGGUACCGACCCGACGAGCUGGCGCUCUCAUACAAUGGUGGCAAGGACUGUCUCGUUCUCUUGAUCUUGAUCCUUGCCUCGUUACCCGAUCACUUCCCGCCGCCUUCCAAGCCUGCGCCGCCGCUAUCUUCGUGCGGCAUCGCUUCCCUCCCAGUGCUCCUACAGGCUAUUUACAUAAGACCCAAGAGCCCGUUUGCUGAAGUGGACGAAUUCGUGGCACAAACAUCAAAAGAGUACCACCUUGAUCUUGCGACAAGCGACAAACCCAUGAAGCAAGCCCUGGCCGACUACCUACAAGAGAUGUUCGAGGUGAAGGCCGUCUUUGUUGGCACGCGGAGGACUGAUCCACACGGCGCCGACCUCAUCCAUUUCCAAGAGACAGAUGGUGAUUGGCCGAGGUUCAUGAGAAUACACCCCGUCAUUGAUUGGCAUUAUAGGGAGGUCUGGGGGUUUAUCCGUGCACUCGACAUCCCAUAUUGCCCGUUGUACGACAAGGGCUACACUUCCCUGGGCGGCACUGACGAUACCCACCCGAACCCAGUACUCAAGUCAGGUAAUGAGGAGAAAAGUGAUCAUUUUAGACCAGCGUAUGAGUUAAUAGAGGACCACGAGGAGAGGCUAGGCAGGAACUGA